AUGGACUCCGAUAUGGAUGACUCCGUCUUUGACGUCAACAACGACUCCGAAGGCUAUUCGCCCGAGCCGAAGCCCAAGGCAAAGGCACCCCCCAAGAAAGCUGCCGCACCGAGAGCACCAAAGGCAGCACCAAAGCCCAAGGCAGCUCCCAAGAAAGCGACAAAACUCGUCCAGACGAAGCUGGGUGCAAAGCCUGCCGCGGCCAAGAAACGGCCAGCGCCCCCGAGCGACGACGAUGACGAUGCCGUCGACUUGGACGACAACAGUGCCGUCAGCACCCUGUCGCAAACACCGCCCAGCGCCAAGAAAAAAGCGCCGGCCAAGAAGGCCAAGUCGGCUGGCAAGCCGCUGGCCGAAAUUGCCAACGACAGCAGCAUGACCCAGCUCGACGGCGUCGACGACGAGCCGGCCUCACAGGCUGCCGGGUCUAGCAAGACCGCAUCCGAGAUGUACCAGAAAUUAACACAACUCGAGCACAUCAUCAAGCGUCCCGACACUUACAUCGGCUCUGUCGAGCACGCCGAGCAGCUGAUGUGGGUAUACAACAAGGCGACCGGCCAGAUGGAGAAGCGAGCAAUAUCGUUCGUGCCCGGCCUGUACAAGAUUUUCGACGAGAUCCUCGUAAACGCUGCCGACAACAAGCAGCGCGACCCCAGCAUGUCAAUGCUCAAGGUCACGGUGGAUCGCGCCGCCGGCGAGAUCAGCGUCGAGAACAACGGCAAAGGUAUCGCCAUUGAAAUGCAUCAGAAAGAGAAGGUCUACAUUCCAGAGCUGCUGUUCGGCCACCUCCUCACUGGUUCCAACUACGACGACAACGAAAAGAGAACCGUUGGUGGCCGGAACGGUUACGGUGCGAAGCUGUGUAACGUCUUUUCCACUGAGUUCACGGUCGAGUGCCAGGAUUCGGCCAGUGGAAAGCGCUACAAGCAGACAUGGCACAACAACAUGUCCGUCAUGGACAAGGCGAGGAUUACGGCCAACAAAUCCUCCGAUUUUGUCCGUGUGACCUUCAAGCCCGACUUCGAGCGCUUCGGCAUGCCAAAUGGCAUCGACGACGACCUCGAGGCCCUGAUGUACCGCCGUAUCUACGAUAUGGCGGGUGUCGUGGAUGGCGUCAAGGUCUUCUUGAACGGCGAGUACCUUAAGGUCGGCUUCAAGAAGUAUUGCGACAUGUACGCAAAGGCCAUUGCCAAGGAGCGCGAUGAGGAGGUGACUGGUGAAGAGCUGCCCCCGGCUGCCACCGUGCAGUUUGAGGAUCCCAAAGCCCACAAGCGCUGGCAGAUCGGCUUCACCGUGUCCGACGGCACGUUUCAGCAGGUCUCGUUUGUCAACUCCAUUGCCACCACGUCGGGAGGCACUCACGUCAACUACAUCGCCGACCAGAUCUGCAAUGCCCUGCUGGCCGACCUCAACAAGCGCAAGAAGGGCCAUUCGCUGAAGCUGAACCACAUCCGCAACCACAUCUUCAUCUUUGUCAACUGCUUCAUCGACAACCCGGCCUUCACCGGCCAGACAAAGGAGCAGAUGACCACCAAAGUUAGCGCUUUUGGCACCAAGUGCGUUCUGACGGACGCCUUCAUCAAGAAGAUCCGCUCCACCGACGCUAUCAACAAUAUCAUCCACUUUGCCGAGAAGAAGGCCGACAAGAUGAUGUCGAAGAGCGAUGGAAACAGACGCUCCCGUAUCAGCAACGAUAAGCUUGUCGAUGCUAACUUGGCCGGUACCAAGCACGGCCACGAGUGCACUCUGAUCCUGACAGAGGGUGAUUCCGCCCGUGGCUUGGCCAUCGCAGGUCGUGCCGUUCUAGAUCCUGAUCGCAUCGGUGUCUUCCCUCUGCGUGGUAAACUUCUAAACGUGCGCGAUGCGUCCAUCGACCAGAUCACCAAGAACAAGGAGAUUCAAAACAUCAAGCAGUUCCUCGGCCUGAAGCACAAGCAGGUGUAUACCGAUACAAAGAGCUUGCGCUAUGGACAUCUGAUGAUCAUGGCGGAUCAAGAUCACGAUGGUAGUCAUAUCAAGGGCCUGCUCAUCAACUUUUUGCAGGUCCAGUUCCCAUCCCUGCUGUUGAUUCCCGAGUUCUUUCAAGAGUUUAUCACCCCGGUGGUGAAGGUCUGGCAGGGCCCCAACCCGAAGAAGCCGACCAAGUCCAAGGCGUUCUAUACCAUCCCAGAGUACGAAGAGUGGAAAGAUGCACACCACUCGGAAGUCAAGCGAUGGGAGCACAAGUACCUCAAGGGUCUGGGUUCCAGUUCCAACGAGGAUGCUCAAGUGUACUUUACCAAUCUGGACGCUCACUUGAAGGAGUUUGAAACCAUGCAGACCGACGAGGCCCAGCUGUUUGACCUGGCCUUUUCGAAAAAGAAGGCCGAUGCUCGGAAAGAAUGGCUGGGCAACUUCAUUCCAGGCACGUUCCUGGACCAGUCGACAAAGAGCAUCACCUACUCGGAUUUUGUCAACAAGGAGUUGAUCCUGUUCAGCAUGGCUGACAACAUGCGCUCAAUCCCGUCUGUCGUUGACGGACUCAAGCCCGGUCAGCGCAAGGUUAUCUACACGUGUCUGAAGAAGAACAUUGUCAAGGACCAAAAGGUGUUUGAGUUGGCCGGUUCGGUCUCCAAGCUGGCUGCUUACCAUCACGGUGACGCGUCGCUGCACCAGACCAUUGUCGGUCUGGCACAGAACUUUGUCGGCUCCAACAACAUCAACUGUCUGGAGCCCAGCGGUAAUUUUGGUUCUCGUCUAUCCGGUGGCUCCGACGCUGCUAGUGCUCGAUACAUUUUCACCCGUCUGUCGCCCUUUGCUCGCCGUGUGUUCAAUCCUCUUGACGAACCCGUCCUCGAGAACAACAUUGAUGAGGGCAGCGUUAUCGAGCCGAAGAACUACGCCCCCAUUGUCCCCAUGGUUCUGAUCAAUGGUGCCGAUGGUAUCGGCACUGGCUGGAGCACAUCUAUUCCCAACUAUAAUCCUGUCGACGUCGUCAACAAUCUGAAGCGGCGAAUGGGCCGACUUGCUGGUCACGAAAACGAGGAGCUGCCCUUUGAGUCGAUGAUCCCCUGGUUCCGCGGCUGGAAAGGAACACCUGAGCCGGAUAGCGUGCCGGGGAGGUAUCGGUUCAACGGAAUUAUCUACCAGGAUGACAGGAACCCCAACGAGAUUGUGGUGUCCGAACUUCCGGUGCGCAUGUGGACCGAUGACUUCAAAGCCAAGCUGGAGGAGGUGAUCCGUGCCGAGAAGUCGCCGUCGUGGAUCAAGGACUACAAGGAGUUCAACGACCAUCGGAACGUACACUUUGUCAUCCAGAUGGAAGACAAGCAUGUGCAGGCAGCCGUUGACGAAGGCUUGAUUGAUCGUUUUAAGCUCAGCAAGACGGUCGGCACAACAAACCUGGUGGCUUUCGAUAUCAAUGGCCAGAUUCGCAGAUACGAGAAAGUGGAAGACAUCCUGGAGGAGUUCUUCAACUACCGGCUCAACAUGUAUGGCCUACGCAAGAAACACUGGCUCGGCGUGUACCACACCGAAUUCCGUAAACUGAACAACCAGUAUCGCUUCGUGCAGGAGAUCAUGGAUGGAAAGCUCGUGGUGUCGAAGAAGAAGAAGGAUGUUGUUGUGGAGGAACUCCGAGCGCGCAGUUACGAAGCCUUCCCGAAGGAGUCCAGCGACCCGAAAAAGGCCAAGACAAAAGACGACGACGACAACGAGGAUGAAGAUGAAAUAGAUGGCGGAACAGCCCGCGACUACGACUAUCUUCUUUCGAUGCCCAUCUGGUCUUUCACCCAGGAGCGCCUGGACAGACUGAAGAAGCAGAUCGAUGCGAAGAAGGCGCAGUAUGAUGAACUUGACGUAAAGAGCGAGAAGGACCUGUGGUGCUUUGAUCUAGACGAGUUCUUGGCUGAAUGGGAGAACCAGCUGCAACUGGACUCCGAGAUUCAAACUACGAUCCGCCGCAUGGGCCGCCGCACGUCCAAGAAGAUCGGUGCUGGACGCGGCCGCAAAGCGCGUGCCGACGACGAGUAUACAGACAAAAAGCCAGCACGUGCUCCAAAGGUAGCUGCGAUGAAGGCUGUUACCGCCCCGAAGCCGUUGGAGAAGACGUCGCAGCGUUUUGCCGAAAUGUUUUCUGCCAAGCCCAAAGCCAAACCGACCAGCCAGAAGAUGAGUGUGGAUGGCGCUGAGGACGACUUCUCUGAUGACGAUUUUGCGGCAUUGGCGAAGCCACGGUCAAAGAAUUCGGUCAUAGCGGCGAUCAAGGAUGACGAGGACGAUAAAGAUGGCGUGGACAUGGAGCUGCCGUCCGCGAUAAUGAAGAGCGAUAUCGCAGGCGGCGGGCGGACAAAACGUGCAGCGGCCACAAGGGCGAAAAAGUGGACCAUUGACUCGGACUCAGAAUUGGAGGAUGAUGACGAGGAGAUGUUGGGCGACGUUGGGGCCAUGGUCAAGGGCAUUGGCCAGCAACAGCAACAACCGCCUGGAUCAUCCAGUGGUGGCCGGCUUAGCCUGUUUGCGAUGUCACGUCCGGAAACCGGCGACAGCAGCAUUAGCGGAGUCAGCUCCACCCUUCCAAAGACGACACGGCCAAAGUCUUCAUCAAAGACGUUUGAUUUUGACAGCCACGAUGAUACCAACUAUGAGGCUCUCGCUCUCUCGUCUCCACGCAAAUCGACCAAAGCAGACGAGGUUGAUGAACUGCUUUCCGACGACGACGAUGUCCGAACGGCGGCAGGGAAACCAGCGACAACAAACGCCCCGUUGAACGUGGUUCCGACCCUGGCCAAAAAGGGUCGUGGUCGGCCAGCGGGGGCCAAGAGCAAGGCCGGCAGCGAAAAGAAGGAUGUGGAAGACGCCAAGACAGGACUGUCUCCAGCUGCCAAGGCAUACGUUGCGAAGAUGGCAAAGGCCAAGGCGGCGCUCUUCCUGAGCGACGAUGACGACGAUGACGAUGACGAUGUUGUGGUUCGGAAGAGGCCAGCACCAAAGGCCACAACCAAGACCACCAAAACAGCCAAGGCAGCCACCACGGCGAAAACGUCCAAGGUAGCCACCACGGCGAAGACGGCCCGGCCGGCACGCGUUACUGCUGCAUCAAAGAAGAAGCCUGUGUACAUUGACGACGACGAGGAUGAUUCAAUGGUGUUCGAGGCCCCCGAUGAAAGCGACGAUUUUGACAUGGACUCUGACUAA